CAAUUUCCUGUUUUUCGCAAUUUGCUGUCAUCGUUGCGUUCGUGUUGGUGAAUUUUUGAUUCGUUCCUGUUUAAAAUAUAACUAUUUAUUUUCUUUCCGUGUCAAUUUUCUUAAUUACGUACUAAGUAUGUCUUCUGGUCGUAACGAUUGUAGAAUAUAUGUAGGCAAUUUACCUCCGGAUAUUCGUACGAAAGAUAUACAAGAUUUGUUUUACAAGUUCGGUAAAGUGACUUUUGUCGACUUGAAGAAUCGACGAGGGCCACCAUUUGCUUUUGUAGAAUUCGAAGAUCCUAGAGACGCCGAAGAUGCUGUUCACGCCCGGGACGGAUACGAUUACGAUGGUUAUCGACUAAGGGUUGAAUUUCCUCGAGGAGGCGGUAGUGGUGGUGGUGGAGGCGGUGGAAGCCGCGGAGGCAGUUUUAGGGGGGGCGGCGGUGGCGGACGUGGAAGAGGCGCCAGGGGCCCCCCUGCACGCAGAAGCCAGUACAGAGUACUUGUUACGGGUUUACCACCUAGUGGCUCUUGGCAAGACUUAAAAGAUCACAUGAGGGAAGCUGGCGAUGUUUGUUUUGCCGAUGCUUUCAAGGACGGCUCCGGUGUCGUUGAGUUCCUAAGAUAUGAGGACAUGAAAUAUGCUAUUAAAAAGUUGGACGAUUCCAGAUUUAGAAGUCAUGAGGGUGAAGUUUCGUACAUUCGUGUAAAAGAGGACAGAGGUGGAAGCGGAGAGGGUCGUAGGUCGGGCGGCAGAUCCCGAUCUCGUUCCUAUUCGCCGCGUCGUCGUGGUUCUCCCACGUACAGUCCCGUCAGGCGUAGCUAUUCCAGAAGCAGGUCUCGCUCUUAACAGGUGAUUGUUACAAUGAAGGAGGUCUGGUUUAUAACGAAAAUUGUCUUAAUUUUUAAACUAGUUUUUAAUAAAUCAGGAAUAUUUCUUGAAAGUUCUAUUAGUUAUUUAACUAACGAGAAUAAUUUAAGUUUUAUGAGGUUAAUACUAAAAUUAAUCUCAAUUAUAUAAUUUGAAUAUUUUUGUCAUAUCAGAUAGUUAUCUUAGUUUAUAUUUUACUAAUUUCAUAAAAUUACUUAAAUGAUAAUGGAUUUAUUAUCGUUGGGUUAUUUUUAAAUAUAUUUUACCUAAAUUAUUUGCUGUCUAACCAGUUUUUAUUUGAUAUAAAAAGAAAGUUAGAAAUCGAGAGCAAUGCAAGUUUAUUUUUUCCUCUUAUUCAUUAAAAAAAAACAAAUUGAUGCAAUGGUACGGUAGUCAUUUCUAAAAUAUAUCUAUAUUAUAUAGUUACUUAUUUUGAAUUGGAAUAGCGCUGGUAAAAAUGUCUUUAUUACAAUUAUGCCUUUGUUAUGUUGAACUAUUGUAAGAAGCAAAUAUAAUUACACUAAUACAUUUUUUAUUUUUAAUGUCGAGGCGUCGUGGGAUAAAUUUGAUUGGAUAAAAUAAAAAAGGAAAAUACUGGCUGGUCAAAAUCACAUUGGAGCAAAUUUCUGAAAUCACUGGAUUAUAUUAGGAGGGAGUAGAUAUGAGAGGAGAGAUUGUCAAGUUGGACAAACACUAAACAUUUGUUUUUAAAACAAAAAAAAUUAACGUGUAACUUUUAUAUCUUUCCUUUACAUGCCCGUUUACGGCCGUUUGCACCGCUUACGCUGAAGUUAACUUCAAUUUUAGGUUCGCCUUAAUAUAAUUAACUUGAUUUAAUAGGUUAAUUUUAUAAUCAUUUUAAUUAAUUAGGUUGUUUAAAUAAUAACCAAGAUUAGGUUAGUUAAUUAACUAGCUUAAUUAAAAUUAAAAAUAUAAUAAUUAACCUAAUCGUGUUGUUAAUUAUGGUGUUUUGAUUAAUUAAUUAAUUGACCUAAUUAUGUUAGUUUAAUUAGUUGAGUAAAUUACUUAAUUAGGCCAAUUAACUAUAAUUACAUAUAAAGUUAAUCUAAUUAUAUUGAGUUAAUUAAAUUAAGGCGAACCUAAAAUUUAUGUUAACUUUUAGCUAUUAGGUAGUUAUUACACAAUUAGGUAAAUAAUUAAGUUAAUUGAUUAAAAUUAAUUAACUAUCCUUAUCUUACUAUCUUAUUUAAAAGUUACAUUUUUACGUAGAUAUCUUGAAAAAUUAUACUAUUUUAUUUUCGAUAUAACCUAGUCAAUAUCUUUAAUAUUGACUAGGUUAUUUGUUGGCAAACUUAGUUUGACAAAUUAAAAAGAGAAGAAAUUUGACUAGAAAAAUGAACUUGAAAUGACAAAUUUUUCCCUAUCAGAUUUUUUUAGUAUUAUUUAUUUUUUGGACACACUAAAUGAACCUUGGCAAAGGUUCCAUACAAUCGAAUAAAAAGGGCAUCAUAGACGGCUGGGGAAUAACAAUCGAUGAUAAUUUUGGCGAGUCAAGCCCUAGACUUGGCCCAUACUCUUUUAUUUUUGAAAAGAAACUAUUUGUUACAAGUAACUACUUUUUACCCAUAGAAAACUUUUUUAUAGUUGCGCUUAUUGCCAGUUGGCCUCAAGAAGGUUGUAAUUUAUUUUUAUAUUGAGUAAAAAUGGUUUUUAAAUGGUGCACUUUAAAAUUCAAGGAAAAAAAAAUUUUUGGGAAUAGAUUUGUAUGUCUUGAAACGUUCUAUCCUUUUUUAAUCUAUCUACUAUAAUCAGUGUUAAUUUUUAACAAGUUUCAUGUCGAUUUUUAGUAAAUGACUUCUAGAGAUUGACCUCGCUAAAAUUAUCAUCGAUUGUCGUUCCCCUGCCGUCUUUGAUGCCGUUUUUUUUUCGAUCUUACGGUAUUUAUGACUACUAUACGGUUUUAAGAAGCAUUUGUGCAAACGGCUGUAAAUAAUAUUAAUGUCAAAAAUACAUAAAAGGAAAUAAUAAACGGUUACAAAUAUAUUUGGAAAAUGAUGUCCGAAAAGGAACAUAGGAACACAUUUGUAAAAAAGAAAAGGAUAGGAUCUAAGGAUAACGUGGAACAAUGGUAAAUAAUAUAUGUUAAUCUGAAUAAGUAUGUUUAUUGCAAUUUAACAUUAUUUUUAUUUAAAAUGCAGUAUGGCAACAAAUGAUUAUCAGCUAUAUCUUGUUUAAAAAAAGAGUAUAAAAAUAUAUAUCGUCUACAACUAGUCUAUUUUGUAUUUCUUUGUUAUAACUGAAGUCAAGUAGCCAGAAUUUUUUUUAUAUAAAUCAUAUAACUGAAUAACUCUAAAGUUGUCCUUAGAGUGACUAUAUUAAAUGUGCAGGUAAUUUAUUAUAAACAUUGAUUUAAGUUCAUACCAUACAAUCAAUAUUUCACUCUGAUUCACUAUCCAUAUCAAAUAUGAAAGAACUUAUAGCUGGAAGUCAUUUUUCGUUUUGAGUUUUUCAUUCUUUUUUGCGUUUUUCAUUGUUUAAAACUUAACCAAAAAAAAACAUUUUCUAACUAAACAAUACUUAAAAUUAAUGUUUUACCCCAGGUCUGAAAUCUGGUAAUAUUGGAGGAUAAAGGAUAAACGUAAAAGGAUAUGUUCCAUUUUUAAAGGAUUUUGGCAUUUUUUUAAGGACGUGAAAUUAUUAGGAAUUGCAAUAUCGCUCAGAUUAUAUUUGCUGAGUGGGAUUUCGAACUUGGAAUGUGUCGCCCCCCUAAUUUAGUCUAUCUAGGAUUAGGAAAGCGAAUGCGUAGCGUUAGGACUUCGGGGAUCUUGUAUAGGAGGAUGACGCUCAGGUAUUUUCCUUUUUCCCAUGAUUUAUAAAUGUCGACGCAUUAUAUUUUACCUUUGCAUGAUAACUCUUUUUAUACUUCCCAAAAUAAAAAUAUAUGUACCAACAA